GCGGCUGCAAGGGGAUUCGCUCUUGUCUGAUAUGCGAAAAACAGAACGAGAGAAAAAUCAAUGCAAAAGUACAGACGCCACAGCAGAACUUGCUGUUUUUAAACAGUGAAGGAAUAUUGAAAAAAUGCCACCGAUUACUUUGAAACUGUUACUGGAGAGAGGGAGCCCCAAGUCCACCCAGCUGGAGAAGAUCAAGAGCCUGAACCUGUCUGAUCUGAGUCUGGAGAACACUGACCUGGACUCCACUCUGCUGCGAAGGCUUACCUCGCUGGAGGAGCUCGAUGUGUCGGGGAACCUGCUGACUGAGCUCCCAGCCCGUCUGCCACUGCCAGCGCUGAGGAGACUCAACUGCACCAACAACCAGCUGGAGGAAGUGACAUCACUGAAGCAGUUCAGAAUGCUGGAGGAGCUGAGCAUAGAGGACAACCUCUACAUGACAAUCAGUGACAGUUACAAGCUGAUGUUCUUGUUGCCGAAGCUCAGGAGGCUCAACGGUAAGGAGAUCACCUCCACAGCCAAUCACGUGCGCUUCGUCGCCAGUGAGGAGCUGUCCAAACGGGUGAGUGGCUUGUGGGAGAGAAACUUCCAGGAGCAGCUCCCCAGCUCUCCCAGCGCAGCCCAGGCCAGGGUCCUGGGGAAAGAGUUUGUGAAGGUGGCCGAGACGCAGGUCAAAUACGGGGCCAGUUCCCUGAGCGACUACACCAAGUGGAGGGUGAGGAUGAUCGCCAGAGACCUGCUGUCCUCGCGGCUGGGGGUUCACUGUGAGGCCAGCUCCGAGGAGGAAGACCUGUCUGAGAGCGAGUCUGGAAGUGAUGUCAGAGAGGAGGCAGGAAGUGAGCAAAACAGAGUCCCUGCUGCAAAAAGGAAGGAGAUAAGCUCUGAAUCGUCACCCAGGAAGAGAACCUGCUUGUCUGUAGCGGAUGACAUCACCCAGAGUGCCGAGCACAGUCCCAGGAGGAGUGCCCGCUUCGAGAACGUUUCCACGGCAAACGACAAAGCAGGCCUUAGUCCUGGGGUAAAAUUACGAGAGAGCCCCAGGAAGUCCGUCCAAUCACUGAGGAGUCCCAGAAAGCUUGACCAAACACAGCAAAGCCCAAGGAAGGCUGUCCAAUCACAGCCGAGCCCGAGUAAGUCCAUUAUGUCGCUGAGGAGUCCCAGGAAGGCUGAGCAACCAGAACAAAUCCUGCGAAAGCCUGUGGUGAUAAAGGAGAGCCCCAGGAAAGUGGAUCUGCCCAAAACAGUUAUGAGCCAGCCAGACAUCAGCAUGGACACCCCGCGGAAGAGCCAGAGGAGAAGGCAGGAGAAAGAAACUGCCAGGAAGGGCCAAGGAGAGGAGGGGGAGAAGGAGCAGGGCAGCAGAACUCCUUGCAGGAAGAGCAAGGAUCCCAUCACAUUGAAGCCCCUGCAUUUCCUGCAGUGCCACAGCAAGCAGAACAGUCCAGACGACUUCAGCACACAGCUCUGGGCCUGUGCCUUCGAGCCCCAGAUAGAUAGCGGCGGAGGGUCCAAUGGCCGCUCAUCUCGGACAGUGGCCACCUGCGGUGGGGAGUCUGUGUGUGUCAUCGACUGUGAGACCGGGUCUGUGCUGAACAAAUACAAGGUGUCUGGAGAGCAGUUCUUCAGUCUUGCCUGGUCCACGACGACCCUGCUGACCGGGGACGGGCGGGGUCAUCGUGUCAGCGUGCUGGCAGCCGCCGGGAGCAGGGGGGUGGUCAAGCUCAUCCACCCCAAGGCCAGCCUCGCGUACGGGGAGUUCCGGGCCAGCAGAAGAGCCGUGUCCACCCUGCGCUUCAGCCCAGCCCAGGAGAGCUUCCUCUUCACCGGAACUUACGACAGGAAGAUCAUUCUGUGGGAUAUUGGAGGGCUGGACUGUGAGUACAACUUCAAAGUGAGUCAGCUUCUGUUCCUGGAGGCCGCCUCCAUCCCUCUGCACCUCCGCUUGGUGCCCUCUUCCCCUGAGCAGCGCCUCCUGGCAGCCUGUGAGGGCGGCCUGCUGCUCUUCGACAUCCAGCUCAGCAAGAACCAGCUCAAGAGGUCCAGCGAGCUGGAGUUUCACUUUCCCAUUUACAAGAAGGAGGAAGAGGAGAAUGAAUUCCAUCUCGUUGACAGCUUGUCUUUCCUUAACAAUGACAUCGUCGUCUCCAAGAGUGCCAUGCAGGGCUCUAUCUACCUGUGGAGCUGGAGCAAGACUCUCGCCUCACGGAAGAAAAGCAGGGAGGUGGAGGUGGAGAUCCUGGCUGAGCUGCAGUGGUCCAGCACUGAGCUGCCCUACAUCUCCCUCAGCACCUGCCCAGGUGAAGAUUAUGUGGUGUGCGGGGAUGAGAAAGGAGACUUGUGGACUUAUGAAGUGAGUCAGUGUCUGCGGGCCAGAGCCAAGACUGACAAAAUGAUCCCUCCCACUCAGAUUCUGAGGUGGCCCGCCCCCAACAGAAAAGGUCAUGGCCUCAUAGCGGGAACCUCAGUGAACAGCAUCGCCAUGGACCCUGAACUGCAGUACCUCGUAGCCCUGACUGACAAGAACAUCGCUGCAGUGUGGAAGAGAGCCUAGCCCAGCCUGUCUCUGCAGUGUGGAGGAGAGCCUAGCCCAGCCUCUCUCAGCAGCGUGGAGGAGAGCCUACCCCAGCCUCUCUCUGCAGUGUGGAGAGCCUAUCCCAGCCUCUCUCUGCAGUGUGGAGAGCCUAGCUC